AUGGAGACCGAGGAACGUGUUUAUGAAUGGUAUCCCCAAGCAGCACCCCUAGACUUGCCACUGGGCGCAGACAUUGUUGAAUGGCAAAAGGGCUAUCUCAUUCUCUGCGAGCGGGAGCGGGAAGGCCAGCAGGCAGAGAUGGAGAACAGGGAACGUGCUUAUGCAUGGUAUCCCCAAGCAGCACCCCUAGACGACAUCGACGACAGCAUUGAUAUGUCGGAUCCGGACGCCGAACCAAUCUGCAGAGUCACUAGCGAAUUGGGCAACUGA